AUGCCGACCGGAUUCAAGGCACCCAUGACUCUGAAGGAUUACCGCUGCGAAGACUUCUUCCCCGAGGGCACCCGCUACCCCCCAGCGGACUCCGUGUCGACCAGCCUGGCGCCGGCGGUGACGGGCACCACGACCACCAAAGACACUGGAGUCUCUACUGGAAAUCUUUGCUCUUGGAUCAGAGACGCGUGCAUUUGCGCGACGGUCAGCAAGUGCUCCUGGUUGCCAGAUGGCAAUGGUAUCGGGCAUUGCGUUCAGGUGGCAAUGUCACCCACCUAUGAACAGCGAUGCGAAACUUGCCCGACCUUACCGGAGUGUCCCUCGGAUCCAGUGAAAGAAUGCCCCUUGGCGCUCUCAAUUUGCGCGUGCAGCCUGCUGAGUGCUGGCUGCAAUUGGACAGUAGACGAAGGCCGAUGCUUCGGACCACCCUCCGGGCCCUCAGGUGUUCCUUGCGCCCUGUGCCCAUUCGCCGUGGAGAGUUGCCCUUUGCCGCGGAUUGUCAGCGUCAGUCCGCGCUUCGGUGGUGAUUUGGGCUGGGACGGCGGCGACUAUGACAUCAACCUGACCUUUGACCAGCCUGUGCGCUUCCCGAACAACGCUGACCCCGUGCAGGGCGAAAUGGUCAUUGGCUGCAAGCUGCAGGAGGGCCAGUUCUUGCCCCUCGAAGCCCCAGCCAACCGUAGAGUUAACUUCGUGAUCCAGGUUCCCAUCAACAAGCGAGUGAUGCUGAGCGACCGCGUGGUACAAAUUCCACUCGGCACAGAACAGUUCUGGGCUCGCUACGAAUGUCGACUGAACGUCACGCGUGGAGCCGUGAUCGGCUUGGACGAGUCGGUGCCCAACCUGGAGACCAGGAACCAUGUCGUCUUCAUCAGUGACAAUGUUCCACCCAUGGGAUUGCAGUUCUCUCCUCGCUUGGCCGAUGCGAAUGUGGACCUUGGUACAACAGUUGCGACGGUCACCAUGAGCGAGCCGUGGUAUCUGAUGAUUCAACAAGCGGAACUUUGGCGUUUGAAAACUAAUGCUGGACCAGACGCAUACGAGAAGGUUAGCACGUUGCUCAUGGAGGCCACCGAAACAGGGGAGGACGUGGAACAGCUGCGGAUCCCAUUGGGGCCUUUGGCCCCCGACACCUUGUUUAGCAUUGUGAUUCCUGCAGGCGCUAUGGUGGACCGUUCGAACAAUAAUUUCACGGGUCUUGAGGUGGGAGAAUGGGCAUUCCGAACUGAUGUGGCAACUGAAUUGGUUGAAGCGCUCGAUGAAGGCCUAUCUCCUGGUGCCAUCACAGGAAUUGUUCUUGGAUCAUUGGCAUUGGUGGGGACAGUGCUGCUUUGCAUCGCCAUUCAAAGGUACAAACUAGUUAAAAAGUUUGAGAAUCGUGAAGUGAAGCCCAUGGAAGGAGGCACGCCAAAGGCGUCGCAGGUAGCUGCGCUUCACAAUGAUUCAGAGCUCCUGCCGAGCAACGAGAAGUUUUGGGAGAAGGCGCUGAUUCGUUCGAAGGAGGACCUGGCAACAGAUACCUUGGAGGACCUGCCCUUGGAGUUGCCGGGUGCCUUACCUGGAGCCUCCAAUCGGCGUCCUUCCGUUGGAAGCCAAUCCCUCACGAACCAAAGGCGUCCUUCUGGAACUGCCAGCAACCAGCUUUCCAACCAGCUCUCCAACCAGAGGCACGGUUCAAAGCACAGUGCUGGCAGCAGUACCAAUAUGCCUUCGAACCAGAGGCGCCCUUCCAGAGUCAGCAAUGAUGACCGCGGUGUGGGUUCAAGGCGGCCUUCCAACCCCAGCAACAUGCCCUCAAACCAGAGGAUUCAUUCCAAGCAAAGUGCUGACAGCAGGUCUCGCCGCCUCUCAGGAGAUGCUUCUGCGAGCCUUGGUUUGCCCAACGGAGUGCAAUCCUUGCAGGUGGGGAACAGGUCGCCGUCGAAAGAUGGUAGCAGGAGUGAAGGCAUCCAACGUGAUGGGCGCACCCGAGAAGAAUCUGAGAGCCUUGCGGCUUCCAGGAGGGCAAUGCUUGGAGCUGGACCGGCAACGUUGUCAAAGCCCACAACUCCAUGCCGUGCACCAGCUCCAAGGCAGAUCGCUACUUGA